AAUUCAAUACCAAAACUUCAACCUUCAAGAAAUUUCGAGAUACCCCGUUAUUUUGUCGUCAUUUUUCGUAUUCACGCUACCACUACUACAAACACUUACUACAAGUAAACGAACGACCCCUCAUUCCACAUCUUCUUCCAACUACAAACAACAACAUCCAAAUCAAACCAAAUACCAACCACAUCCAUCAAUCAUCAUGACUCGCGGAGAAGCAAAGCAAGUUAAGGCCCACUACCAAGGAAAGGAUGAGGAUUUCGUCAUCUUCGUCGACGACCUCCCUACUGCCGAGAAGUGGAAGACCGACAAGAGCAUCCCACUCGCUCACUUCGUGAGCUCAUUCAAGAUCUUCAUCACCCACAAACACGGAGCCCAAGGCCCCUACGACGGAGCAUCCAAGCAAGCGCUCGAGAACGAAUUCGGCACCACCAACGACGACGAAGUCAUCAAAGCCAUCCUCGAGAAAGGCACCCUCCAAGAAUCGGAGGUAUUCGGCGAGCGACAAGGCACCAAGAACGACAGUAUGGGAUCCCGUGCCGGCCAUUAGAUGAUGUUGGGGAGUGAGCGAUGAUUUGCAUUGAGAGGAAGGGAAUAACUUGCUUGGUGGGACGACGGCAGGAAUUAUAUGACGAAAUGACUUUGAUUUGAGAGGAACGAAUGGAAACUCACUCGGAUCAUGGGUACGAUGGAUUGAGAUGGCUGGCUUUCACUAGCUAGAUCUUUCCUCAUCAAAAAUAAAAACAAUGCAUCAAUGAAGGGAAGGAAUUGAUUGUGUUUGUCAGAAUUGUGAUGUUCGUGAAUGGUACAAAACACAAGGUAUAUCUUCAAAGUCAUCAAUACAAAACCCCAAUUGUACAUCUUUGUCAUCAAGCCACCCU